AUGGCCCUCGAGCACUUCCUCGACGAGCGAAUCCAUCAACAAGCCCGAGACUUCGGGGCCACCGGCGAUUCAAACUGCGCCAUCUGUCUGGAGCUCCUGCAAGUACACUCCCAAGAUCCGAGUACCCGCCUCGCUCAACUUCCCUGUCAACACACACUGCACUUCCACUGUCUACGAAACAUGACAGAAGGUUACACCGAGAACCGCAACAAGUGCCCGAGCUGUCGACAAGAGCUCUUCGAGCUAAACCUGCUACCACCAGCAAGGGAAGCGCUAGCGCGGAAAGAAAAGGAGACGUACUACGAUCGUGAUGCCUCUUUUGACACCAAGCGCUAUACCGAGCUAUUGACGAUCACCGACAACCUUUUCGACGAGCAACGCAGACUCCAUGGAACUGGUGCGGAAUGCUAUGUCGGGAUUCCAAAACGUGUAUGCGCAUCGCGGAUCCAGGCGGGGCUUCAAUGGGUUAUGAUAUGUGAGAUGCACGCUGCGGCUGAAUCCGCAUGGUUGGAACUUGAGGUUGCUCGGCGUGUGGAGGACCAACUUAGACAUGCUAAUCUGUUGGAGACUUGGUCCGGUCGUAUCUUCAUGGGUGCGCUGGAGGUCAUGCAGGAUAUGUUCGACGAACAGUUCCAGUGUUCGGAUGAUGAACGCGAGCCCGAGGACCGUGUUUCGGUAAUGGACGAGGAUGAGGAGGAUGAGGAUGAGGAGGAUGAGGAGGAGGAGGAGGAUGAAGGAGAUGAAGAGGAACAUGAACGACCAACCACGCAGCCGUUGAGAGGAUCCAUGAACGAGAUUUUCGGUGGAUCUCUUGCAGCGCCGUGGACGCCUACAUCUCGGGAUUAUCAGUCUCCCACUACCAAGCCCGGACACGACAUUGAUGGUUGA